ACACAUGAAGAAGAAAAAAGGAGAUCGGAAACUCCGAUCUGUAUCAAUGCAUUUGAGUUGAUAGGGAUGUCUUCAAGCCUAGACCUGUCUGGACUUUUUGAGAACGAGGAUGUAUCUGAGAGGAAGAUAAGGUUUACAACUAACCUUUCAGCCAAAGAUCUGAUGAAGAAGAUUGAAGAUUCUGUGGCAGAUAUGGAAUUUAGAGUUCAAAAGAAAAACGGCAAAAUAAAAGUGAUUCAAGAAAAUAAGGAGCAUAAAACCCCUGGCAGCCUCUCGGUGACAAUAGAGGACUAUGAGGACAUCCUUCUCCCGACAGAUGAGCAGUGGCCGUUUCUCCUUCGGUUUCCUAUAGGAUGUUUUGGUAUCUGUCUCGGCCUAAGCAGUCAAGCGGUUUUAUGGCAUAAUCUGGCAACAAGUCCUGCCACAAGUGGCUUUCUGGAGGCAAAAGGCGUCUAUCUAAGGUUGUUGAGGCAUUUCCACAAACAGUUUGUGAGUGUACAUAUUAAGCAGGAUUAUAAACAUGUUGAUUCAAAUGAGAUAAAAAAUGAAAUUUGAUAUUAAGAAAACUAGAGAUUAAAGAGAAA